AUGCAGGACCACUCGGAGAAGCGGGAGGCUGCACAAAUCGCGUGGCAAUCAGUUGUGCAGUCAAGACUUGGGAACCUACCACAUGGAGCUCACAGCGACAGAAAAGACCGGGCAAAGCUGGCGGAGAUCGAGAUUGAAGCUAUGCGAGAUAGUUUGGCAAGGGCGCUAGAACUGCGAAACACAACGGCUAGCCCUGCGUGCCGGCUACCCCCAGAGACGCUGGCGAAUGUGUUCCUGUAUCUGCAGGCCGCAUGGCCUAUGAGGCUUCAACGUGACGAGAAGGUCAAUCCUACCGACGAUCCGGGGGCUGAUGAUCUUGGAGAGCCAUUCUACCACACCAAAGCCUGGUACAACGUGGCGCACGUUUGCCGCUUGUGGAGAGAGGCCGCAAAUACUCCUCUUCUAUGGUGUACAAUAGCUUGCACAGAUCUUCCUCCGGAGUUCCUGCCCCUCGUCCUUUCGCGCACGCGUGGUUUACCGCUCACGCUGUCAGCGCGAAGCCUGCCCUUGGGCGUCGAUGCCUCAGGGAUGCUCGAGGUCUUAUGGAGAGAGCAUUUCAUAAAGUCAACGGAAGCCUGGCUCACGGCAGCGGUACUGAAACGUGUCAAGCGACUGGCUUUCGAGGACGGUAUCCGGGCAUCAGACUUCGCGAUGUGCCGCACACUCUUACAGCGUCCCAUGCCCAUACUGAACUCCCUGGACGUCAUCGCAUCUGCCUCUCCCCACCGUGUUCAUCAUCUGAGGUUCGGACACCCGCCAUUUGGAACUCACGAAUAUCCGCCAUUAUCAUUGCGCCGCCUGACACUUUCGAAUUGCGACGUCCAGGAGGUGCCCUCCCGCACCCUGCUUACGUCGUCCAUCACACAUCUCACAAUCGAGAACGCUACUGGCUGUGACUACACCGUAUAUAAGCUAUUCUCCAACAUCGCCCGCAUGGACCGUCUUGAAGAGCUCGUGCUCGCCAACUCGUUCCCGAAAGAAGAUGAUUACAUCGGUGUUUCGGAUCCUCUUCGCCUACCCCCAUCUCUACGCUUAUUGCGAGUGUCCGCUUCCGCUCUUAAGCCCGAUUCUGGUGCCUUGAGCGGCUGCUUGGGCUUUACCAAUCGCCUCAUCAUCCCACCUGCUACACGCGCAGAGAUUCAACUUAGAGGGUGGGACCUGGAUACCAUAGACGAGAGUAGCGAAGAAGAUGACGAUGAAGAUGAAGACGAAUGGAUCGACGACGCCUCAUUGGAUGCCGGUCUCACGGCCUUCUUUCUUUCUGGCGACUACCCAGAUGAAAGUCCGCGCGAGCUGAAUAUAUCCUGUGACACAUUCACCAUGCACACGGCAAAUACAUCACCUUUCAUACCACCGCGAUCGUCCUCAAAAGCCUGCCCCGGUAGCAGAUCCUUCACACUAGGCUGUACGUGCCGGCAUUGCCUGAACACAGUGCUCCUGCAACGCCUACCGGCGCUUCCUCUUCCAGCGCUCAAAUCUUUAUCGCUGCAGUUUUCAACUUGGACUCAACCACCACACGGACCAAACUGGUGGUCAAACUUCCUUCUCGCAACUGGUAUCCAGAGGGUGUCGUUGGAAUGGAGCAAUUGGUACUGCAACGACCUGUGGGAAGCCAUGACCCCGUCUACAGACGACUCAAUCGUAUUAUUUCCCGCAUUGGAGACGAUCGUGAUUCACGAUGAAGAUUUCCCCAUCCGCAUACAGUUUGAAUCCAGACUUGCGCGCGCGACAGGGACUCUGAUUGAUAUGUUACACACACGCAAAGAUCGUCAGGUCCCCGUAGGCAGCAUCCUUGUCGACGACAGGAUGAAAAGCUGGGCGAUCUGGUCUCUCGUCGCAGAAGUGACUCCUGUAAAGUUCUUUGUCCCGUCGUAG